GCAGAGGGCAAAAUUACCAAUACCCAAGCCAGUAUUAACAAGUCGCUCGGUGGGUAAAGUCUAUAAUCAUGUACCAAAUAAUUCGAUUGGUGCAUGACUAGUAGACAUUUCAGGUACACAAAUCUUUAUAGUGUGGCAACAACUUUGUUCGAAGACGGAGAGCUAUAGAACAAAAGAGAAGAGACAGAGGCAGGCAGCCGGGAAAGACAGGAGAUCCACAAGGUGGUGCUAAAGUGAUUGCACCGAGCAUUCUCAACGGAUGAUGUAGUGUUGAUUUGAGCAGGCAAAUAGGGUUACAUGUCAAAAAAACGUUAAAAUAAAAUGAUUGCUUCCUCACGAUUGCGAGGUCAACUACUAAUGGUGUUAUGUCUAUUUCUAUAUGACUAUCAAGCAAUAGCGGCAGAUGUCAACGACUCAGAAGUGAAUGUGAUGCGAUGCUGCCGUAUAGGAGAGGAUUUAGGCGAACCCGAAGUCGGAUCUGACAAGACACCCGAUUGCGUGCCUACAAACAAGGUGUUCCUACCAACUAUUUACUCGCCAGAGAAGGGUGAUUUCUUACCGGAGAUACCUAAGUGGUGGAAAGUGCAUGAAGCCACACAACCUCGUUGCCCUAAUUCACAGAAGUUGCGUUACGUGCCUCCUAGCAACUAUAACCCUUUUAUUGUGUUUGACUUUGGUGAGGUAGCCCUUGAGCUUGGCUCCAAACCCACCCUUAAGCCCGAUGAGUACUGCCUCGGCGGUAAGAGUUUACUUGUUUGUAAACCAAACAAUCAUAGCCACCUUACCGCUGUGACCAUAGCUAAACCCCGAAUACGGAAGUGCUGCGGCGAAGAUGCUGUAUAUGAAAAGAACUCGUGCGUGGAAAUUGAGUCGAAACAGUCAGAGUCCUUGGAAGAAGAGAAGAUUUUAUUGCUAAGCAGUCACAGUACCAACGUGAAUUUAAGUGUUGGUAUGGAGUUGGUUAGGGGUUUUCCGGUGUGCCAGCAUCUUGACAACUUUACUAUCGUUGGAGAAUUGAAGGAAGCUCAAUUACAGCCCGAUGCAAGCCUAUUGCUUAGCGGCCAGCGCAUUCCCGCUGAAGAAUUUUGCAUUGAGCGCGUUAGAAGUGAUGACCGACAACGUAUGCCAGCCAAACUUUUUGCUUGCACCAAACAUGCUACAAAAAGCUUAGGAGUACCGUUUCGAGACAUCAGGUUCACAUUGUACCCGGUAGGCUUCAUUAUUAGUGCGAUUUUCCUCGCUAUGACUCUAGUAGCUGGCUGGUUACUACCAGCUUCACAUCAUGUUCUUCACUGGCGUUGUCAAACCUACCACGUAGCCUGUUUGAUGUUUGGUGACAUGUGCAUGGCUGUAAUACAACUCGCUGGAAACUCUCUUCAGGGCGAAUAUUGCCGUGCUCUCGCGAUCUUGGCUCAUUUUUUCUUCCUUGCAACUUUUUUUUGGCUCAACACCAUGUGCUUCAAUAUAUGGUGGACUUUCAGAGACCUGAGACCGGCAAGCCUGGAAAAGGGCCAAGAGCUACUAAGACUACGCUUCUAUGGAGCAUACGCUUGGGGUGGACCGCUCGUUGUUGCCGGCCUCGCCGCCUUUCUCGACCAUCUCCCCCGGUUACCUGGACAAAGCUUUCUUAGGCCACGUUUUGGAGAGAAGCAGUGCUGGUUUUAUGGUGAUAUGGAGAUAUUAGCCUAUUUCUUUGGUCCCAUUGGCGUGCUGUUGGUGAUAAAUCUAUUAUUUUUUAUGGCAACCGCUCGAGAACUGACUUGUGGUCUCUGGAAAGGCGAGUUCGUAAAAAGCACUACCGAAAGAGCGGCGCUUGGCAAGGUUUGCCUGAAACUAGUGGUGGUGAUGGGAGUGCCCUGGAUCUUCGACGUGAUCUCUUGGAUGGCCGGCGGGCCAGACUUCUUAUGGUACUUGACGGACUUGCUGAAUGCCGCACAAGGCGUACUGAUCUUUAUUGUGGUGGGCUGUCAGCCGCAGGUGCGCGCGGCUCUCAAACGUUUCUGUUUACGCGAUCCUAGGGCCAACGCUAAUCGACAAGGCAAUCAACUCAGCACUACCAGCCACGGCAUGCCUAGCAUAGGAGAUAGCGUCACCCAGAAUCCCAGCACCAAAACUGCUCCCCUCGAAACCAUCUGUUAGGGACCCAUUCAGUGUAUCAACUUAUAUCAAAUUCGGCGUUAUAAUAUACAAAAUCUUACACCCUCGACAAAACUGCUGAUAGGUAGCUACAUAGUAUCAGUCGGCCUAACUCGGCACGCCUACAUUUACAUAUUACACCGCCGCCAUGAAGUACUUUAAUACUAUUCAUUUUUCAUUCGUCGCGCUUUUUGUGCUGUCAAAUAUUUCUUCUUAUUUUAUUUCUACGAGACGCAUUUUUAUUCUAGUUGUAUUCGCUCGAAAAUUUGACACUUAAUAUGCGCGACCUAUGUUUUUUCUACCGUGAGAUUUUACGAAGAAACUUUAACCAGCUUUCGACAGGCUAUUAUUCAGCAGACAUGCUGAGUAACGAUCUAUUUCUUAUCCUAUUUACAGGUAAACCAAACGACAAUAAUAUUAUACAAAAUCUUUAGAAAGGUAUAUUCACUGAAAGGUGAUCGCCUAUGACUAUAGAGAAAUAUUCAUAGAAUUCUAGAUAUAAGGCAUUCGGUAUACACUGUUUCGUAGUUUAAUUUUAUAGAAAAUUUAAAACCAUAUUGCAAGUCUGCUUGCUUUAAAAUAUACGUGUCGAUUUAGAUCAGCUUCUACUCAAGCAAUUUCGGACUUGAAUCAUCAAAUGCCUUUUCAAAUUGCCUUGCUGACUUGUCGUACGCAUUCACUCGUGCCAAAUUAAAUUCCAAAUUAAAUACUUAUUUUCAGAAACUACCAAAUGAAAUAUACUAAUUCGUUUGCCUAUGCAAAUUCAUGCUUAUCUUUAUCGACAGACACAAUCUUUCAGACGCACAUAUGUACUUAAAGUGCGCAUUCAUACAGAUACAAUCUUUAAUUUUAUUUACAGCAUUUAAAUGAAAAGCACUUAUUUUUGUUAAGAGGGUGAAUAGCUUUAGUAUUAUAUAGAAAGUCCAAAUCAAAUACUGUGAGAGUGAUACAAAUACUAUCCCGCACAUGCAUACAUCACUGAACCUCCAUUCACGUAAUUGAAAAUAUUUGUAAUAUCAACCAAUUCGCAAGUUUUAUUAUUACUCAUUUUUGCGGAUGUUUUUAAUAUUCAAGAACAUAAAAAUUUUAGCGAAUGCUAAUCCAUAACAUAGAUGAACCGGUUCAAUAUUUAUAUUUAAAACACAAUUAUAUUAUAAUGGUUUUAAAUUGAUGGUUUAUCUCCAAAUCGGAUCAACUAACGUUUUAUUGGAUAGGGAUUUUUUCUCUAUCAGAUGGCGCUAUUACAUCAAAACCUUCAAGAACAUGAAUAUUAUAUCUAUCUUCAGAAUGUACACACAUCAAUAAAUGUAGACAUAAUAUUAAUUUAUUUUAAAGUUUUGAUGUAUAGACGUAAUCUUUAAUUUAAAAACGAUAUAAAAAUUACAACAAUUCGAUCACAAAUACAUCUAUACUAGAUUUAGAGAACUGCACUUAGAAUCACGUGCCUUUGAUAAAUAAUUACGUGACAUUUUCAUCUGAGAAAUGGAGAGGCUACUUCUUAUGUCAUCAUCAGAUAUUAUUCGGCUCAUUAAAGAAUGUAUUUAUAUAACAUUAGCUUGCACUAUUGAACUAUAGCAUCGACUUGUCAUUUCAAUAAACAGUGCCAAUACAUCAUUUAUUCAGAUCCAAUAUUUUGGAUCUACAUCUGCUGCGUGUGUCGAUUUAUCUAUUAUCAUUUUAUAAUUGUUUACGAGGGCAUUAAAGUCUUCGAAGUUUUGAUUGUCGUAUGCGAUAACAAUUAUUGUAGUGCGCGUUUAAUUAUAAUUAUUAUAGUUAAUAUUUGCUCUGAGUGAAUGUAUGCAUCUCGUAUGACUAUAAAAAUUAAAUAAAAAGCCAAAAAAUCUCUAAAAUUCAUGAAUGUAACAAAGCGAUUUUUUCGACAUUUUGGAUGAUUACAUCAUUUUGAUGUAUCCACUUUUGGAAAACGCACACGUUCUGUAACUCUAUAAGUGUCAAACAUAGUAUUUUUCUUUUUAUAACCAAACCAGUAUAAUAAUUAGUUAGCAAAACCACCGUCCGAAAAUUUAGAAAGUAUGACGUCAUAACAAGCUAAUUGUUCCUUAGUCUUAAGCUAAGAUAAUUUGAACAAUUGAAAGCAUAAAAACUACAUCAAGUUUGUAGUGAUAUUACGAGAGACGGCGCAAACUACUAUAAGCUAUUAUUAACUAUACUACAGCAAUCGUGCGAUAGAAUAUCAGUAGUGUAUAAGGUAGCUUUUCCGUUAUAAGUGAUUGAAACGACUCGGUAAUCACUCGCGACGUUGCCUUUAAAUACAUAUGUACAAAUGCUAUUUAUGCACGAGCUAUGAUUUUUUAUUAGCCGUAUUAUGCAAGUAUAACGUAAUUGUCUUUGAUCAGGAUAAGAAUGAAUAUAGAAUGCAUAAUCUCUUUAUAUACAUUAUAUUUUAGACAAGACCCAAAACCGUAACUAAACUAAUCGACGUAAAUCAACAUACGCUCCUCCUAAGUGUGAAAUACUAUCGUAUUUCACACUUAGGAGCGUUUUUAUGCCAACACAUUCAACACUUGUAUUCUCCUUUGAAUAAGCUUUAUUUUGAAUUAUCAGAAAUGCGCUCAUCUGUACAAUAUGAAAUUUUGAAUUUGUAACGCUAGCUGCACUAUAAAGGCAAUAAAGGCAGAUUCGAAUUUUCCACUGUCUAUCAUUUCGUGUUGUGAGCCAUUAUUAAAAUUUAACCUACUGUAGAGCUUCUUGGCUAAAUAAAACUUAUUAUAUUUCUGACUACCGCCUUAUAAUUGGUCUAAAAUACAUUAAAAAUAAUAAAUAAUUAUUACUUUUAAUAAUAAUAUAUCUUUAUUAUGAUUCGAUUUAAAUUAAAAAUAUUAAAGAAUUGAGUAACAUCAAACUGAUAUUGAAAGUUGUGGAAUUAGCUAACGUUAACGCACAAUCCAAAAAGCAAUAAGUAGAAAAGUUUUAUAAUGUUAAGCCUAGUAAUUAAAUCUAUUGCGUAAUUAUAUAUGCAGCUUGACGAUGAACGACGGCUUGCAAAGUGCAACUUAUGUAUAUAUACAAUUCUUAGGUAUGUUUAAGACAUCAAGUUCGUAAGUCACAGGCAAGAAUGAAUUAAUUUAGCAAUACUAUAUUGAGACAAAAUAUGAAGUCAACCACAGAUGCUCUGCCGAAAUAGACUAACUAACAAACAAUCGUUUAAUCAAAACACUAAGUAUAUAAAUUCUACAGAAUCUUUUCUAUUAAGUCGACCAACUCGGUUAUCAAAUCGAUUACUUGUUAGAUGUAAUUCAGUCUCAACGAAUAAAA